UGUAAAACCGGCAUCACCCUUUUUUCCGCGCCAUGGGGGCCGGGGCAUCGAUUCAAGGACUCAGCGCCGCCGACGUGGCCGCCGAAGUCAAGCGGCUCGGUGAGGCCUACCACGAGUACGCGCCGCUCUUCACGCGCAACGGCAUCGACGGUGCGAUCCUCCAACGUCUCUCGGACACGGACCUCGACAACCUCCUCGUGGACCUCGGUGUCUCGAGUGCGCUGCACCGCAAGAUAUUGCUCUUGCAUUUGUCCAAAAUCAAGACGGUCCCGACUACGUCACCCUCGUCGCUUGAUACGAACGACGGACGCAUCUUGGUACACCGGAGUACACCGUCGCUUGCUCCAGCUCAAGUACUCUCGCAGCUCUUUGCGUACCAGGGCAUCCACCUCAUUGAUCCUGACGACCUCGUGUCGGUCGUUACCAAGAUUGUACCUCUCGUCAAGCCCGUGUCGGCCCAUGACGAGUACGACUGUUUCAUCAGCUACCGCGUCGCAAGUGAAAAGGAGGUGGCCGAGAAGCUCUACUUGCACCUGAAAACCAAAGGCUACGAGCCGUUCUUGGACCGCAUGUCGCUGAAGAACGCCGAGCCGUGGAAGGACGGGUUCUUGCGCGGCCUCGGCCACUCGCACCUCUUUUUAGCGCUCGUCUCAGAGGCGGGCCUCGAGAAAGCACGGGAUCGGACGCAAAACCACCACGAAGACAACCUCUUGCUCGAGUACGAAGUAGCUCUCGAGAUCGCGACGGCCGGGCGAUUGAACGUCCUGCCCAUCUACGUCGCGGCGAGCAACAAUGGCAACUUUGUCAAGUUUCAGGGCUUCAACCCGGACCUCUAUGCGCCAACUUUGGACCCGGAAGACGCCACCAGCCGUCGCACCAGUGUGCCUGUUGCGGCAUUGCCUGGUCUCAGUGACGCGAUCAAGCGACGCCAGAGUGAGAUGCCAGCGUCACGGCCGCUUCAACCGAUCCCAGGCGAAGACGCUGGGGGCGUGGAUGCGAGCGUGAAUCGCAAGGUGAGUCUCUCAGAAACGAUGACGACCAACUUGGAAGAUCUCGUUGCAACACUGUACACGGACGUCUACGACGACGUCUUUGAGGCCCUCGAGAAGAUCUUUGGCAUCGUCCAGCGCUCAAAGUAUGCCAUCAAGUUUGCCCAGGCCAACGGAUGGGUUGCCCUUAUCCACGUGCUCUGUCAUGCGACAAUGGACGGGUUACAAAAAGACUAUGCGGCGGGCGCGCUCUCGUUCAUUGCGCCAGCGCUUGUUCUACAACCUGACGGCGGCUCGGACGAGGUCUGGGCCGCGAUCGAGGGGUCCCUCGAGGCCCACCACGCCGAGCUCAUCGAAAAAGUGCUCGGCCAUGGCUCUGCGAUGCAAAAGCAGUACAUUGUCGUGACCCUCAUGCACCUUUGUGAGCGCGACCACCUCCGCGACGUACUCCGCAUGUCGGAGGAGCUGCAACUGGUACUCGAAGAACUCAAGCCCAAAGGCUCCCAAGUCCAGGCGCACGCUUGCUCGAUCGUACUUAUGCGCUGCUUUCCGCCCACCGAGACAUCGUCGAGCGGCGAAGCGGUAGCUGCUGAUGCUAUCAUCGAGGAGGCGCCCGUCGAGACCGAGCCGAUCCCGACAGUGUAA